AUGGUCGCUAUACAGACGCAUUACUUGUAUUGCAACCUGGUUUUUGCUGUGGAGCGCCUAUCCCUUCACGUCGACCCCGAUGAAAAGUCCAGUCGCACGGAUAGAAAGCAGGAGUUGAUGGACGCUGCGCGCACUGUCAUUGAGAUUAUUCGGUUCAUCGAAAUCGAGCCUCAUAUGCCUAUCUUUGUUGCCGCCAUCAUGCCAUUGUCAGCAGUCUUCGUUCUUUUUGACUUGGUGAUUCACAAUCCCACUCAUAGAGAGACCGAAAGUAAUGCUGCCUUCCUUGAUCAGGCUGCGACAUACUUUAGUAAACUUGACAGCGCCUCUGAUGGCGCGCUUCCUGGAAGCAUCAUCACAAGCUUUGCAGGAAUCGCGCGACAAUAUAUUCUCAGGCUGCGGGAAGGGGCACCCACACCUACCGCCUUGAAGACGCAGAUGCUCCAGGGAAUCCAACCAAUAUGGGAUUAUGCGCCAGAUAUUGAUUUCAAAGAUAUAGAUGUAGGGAAACCUUCCAUGAUGUUUAAUGUCGCUAACUCCGUCAAAGUUUUCUUCGAUGAGCUCACGACCAAACUAUGCCGAGCAAAUCCCCUGCAGCUCAACGUUUGA